AUGACAAUCCACGAUGCGACAGUGGAUAGAUAUGAACGACCAGAUGGGUCUUUGCACACAGAGACUCUAGAGGCUGCCUACAAACUCGGCAUCGACUACCAUGACAAAGGCAAUAUAUUAGCCGCGGAAAGCCACUUACUCCGUGCAUCCAAGGGCUAUGAGGAAAUGUGUGGCCUGCACGACUCUAGAACACUUGAUGCGCUGGAGUACCUUGGAAUCACAUAUCGAAAGCUGGUCAAGCUCAAUGAGGCUGAAGCGACACAUAAUCGCGUCGUUGAGGCUCGAACAGCCAUGUCAGGUCCCGACCACACAACAACUCUAAUUGCACAAAAUAGACUCGCAAUGGUAUACCGUGCUCAAGGUAGACUUGACGAGGCUGAAGGCAUCUAUCGAAGAGUGUGGGAAACAUUUGACAAAACCAUGGGCCCAAACGACGAAGCAACACUACGGGCCUCCAUAUCACUAGGAAAUAUUGCAUUCAACCGAAAGAACUUCACUGAAGCGGGCGAGAUGUACGCGUCUGCACUGAGCCGAUAUGAGACUGUCUUUGGGACCGAUCAUCCAUCUACACAGCAGGCUGCUAGCAAUCUAGCAGCUGUGCGCAUUCAUCAAAAAAGGUACUCCGAAGCGGAGACCAUACUCCUCACAAUUGUGCGUCAAACCACGAAAAGUCAGGGUUUGAAGUCUGUGCGACUGCUACCACCCUGGCUCAACCUGUCAUGUGCCUACGAGGGUCAACAGAAAUAUGACGAAGCACAGAAGACUCUCUCCUCAAUCUUGCGCUCCUAUGAGGAUGUCUAUGGACCAAGUCAUUCAAAGACUUUAGGAAUCAUCCGACGCAAGGCGAUAGCACUCGCAAAACAGGAAAAACUCACCGAAGCCAUCGAAAUUAUUCAAAAAGGCAUUGGCUUAUCGUCACAUGCUGAUGGAUACCCAGACGAUGCCCAAAUCCAGUUAAUGAUAUCUUUGGCUGGCAUAUUUGAUCAGCAAGGCAGAUUUUCCGAAGCCCACCAGAUCCACCACCAGCUAACGGAGACAUAUGAGAACAGAUUUGGGGAAAACCAUGACUGGACCAUCAGGUCUUUGCAAAAUGAGGCAGAGAUGAUUUUCAAGCAGGAAAAGUAUACAGAGGCAGAGCUGGCCUUCCAAAAUGCAACGGAAAGGUGUAAGAAGGCCUUCGGUGCUGAAGACGAGCGCACACUCUGGAAUCUGAUGGGUCAAUGUCACGCUGCUUGUGGAUGUAAAGAGGUCGCAAGCGUCGAAAGUGAUAUUUGGUUAUUAUUUGCAAAAUGCGACGAGUUCCCAUCGCUCCAGAAUGGCAGAGCAAUAUUGGUUUUCCAACACUUGAGCAAGAACUGCGUAUUGAAACACAAAUUCAAGGAGGCAGAAUCAUUGAUGACCAAAGUAUACGAGAUAUGUCUCAAGUUCUUCGACCGCGGACAUCCUGUCACCAUCUCUUAUGGGCUGCAAAUGGACAAAGUGCGACGACAGCUUUGGCAGCAUGAAAAAGGUCAUCCGGUUGAUAUCUCAACGUUUCCAAACACGAAAGACCGCACGCCUGAUGCAAUAAUUGAUAUCCUCGAGUUCACGACUGCGCUCAGUGUGAAACCAGCAGACGAAUCUGCGCCGCUUCCCUCUCGUUUACUUGCAAACCUAGCUCUGUCGUAUGGCGAGAAAUGGGAAGAAAGUCGCGAUCCACGAUACUUGGAUAUCGGGAUCGAUAAACUUGAGACAGCCAUUCUGGUAGGAAACGAAGACGAUGAAUUGCGUCCUCGGUGGCUUGAUUCCCUUGGCGUUUUCUACAGGAACAGAUUCCGGGCGCGGAAUACGCUGGAUGAUCUCCGAAAGGCAAUUGAAUUCAAAGAAAAAGCGGUUAACCUACAAGAUAAGGCUAGUCCAGACCACCCAAAAGAUCUGAGUGCGCUAUCUAUGUGGCUUAUCGACCUUUAUGAGCGUGAUUCGACAUCGGAGUUGCUCGACAGGGGAAUAAAAUUAGGCGAAGAAGUUUUGAUCAUGACGAAUUCCGAUGAUUCCAGCCGGGCAAGAUAUUUGCAUCGCCAAGGAAUGGCAUUUUUGCUACGCCAUGAGCUGAAUGGGGAAGUUCUGGAUCUGGAACGAUCAUUCGAAUUGAUAGAAGCAGCUAUGUCUUUAACUGCCAAGUCUGAGCCUCACUGGAAGCUACUCUGCUCUGUAUACGCAGAUCUUUUUCGACAUCGUUUCAAGCUCAAUGGAAAAAUUGAAGAUCUAGAGGAGGCAGUGAGGCGAGUCCAAGCGGCCAUCCAUGAAGAGCCUGAAGAGAAUUAUAUCCUGUUGGAAUCAUUGGCACGUGAGCUGGAAUAUCGAUACAUGGCCCUAGGAAGUAAUGAAGAUCUCGACGAAGCUAUAAAGGCAGCUGAAAGAGCUGUAGAGCUAGGGUACCAGGACCAGGAAAAUCAGUACCAAGCAGACAAUCUGAUGAGACUGGGCUACCUCCUGGUGAAUCGAUUCGACGCCAAGGGACACCAAGAAGACCUUGACCGCGCUAUCAUGCACCUUGAAAAAGCGCGCAACACUCAGAAGACAAACGCAAAUGCGCAAGCAAGAUGCUUAAGCGGUCUAGCAGGUGCAUUUAGAUCCCGCUGGAAGCGCACAGGAGAUAAAGAUGGUCUUGAAGCUGCCAUCGAUCAUGAGAGACUCGCACUCGACCUUCUCCCCAACAAAGAUGUGGGAAAGCUAGACGUGAUGAAUAAUCUCGCUAACAAUCUGAUUGAUAAGUUCAAGGAUUCAAAGAACCCCAGUGAUAUGGAAGAGGUGAUUGACCUCUAUGAGAUGGUAUUAUCUCUCCGGCCGUCUACCCACAUGCACUAUCCAGGAAGUCUCAAUAAUCUUGCCAACGCUCUUGAGGCACGGUUCAAUGCAUUGAAAAAUAUUGAAGAUUUGAACUUGGCAAUCGAAAAUUCCGAGAAGGCGUUGUCGAUCAUGCAUGCUGAUGACCCAAGCCGUGCCGGAUACUCUUCCAAUCUGGGUGCCAGAUAUUACGCCCGGUAUUUGGAGAAAAGCGAUGAGAAAGACCUUAUCUCUGCCGUAAAUCACCGUUUGCAUGGCUGGAGAGUUGUGAACGGGCUACCAUUUGACAGAGUGCUAGCUGGAUCGCAGGCAGUCUAUAGACUGAGAGAUCUGGGAAGAUUUGAUGAAGCCACAACAAUAGCGAUGGAAGUCGUUAACUUUCUUCCUCAGGUAACAACAAGAUCACUCCAGAUCACCGAUCAACAAUAUGUCGUCCGGGAGUUUUCUGGAAUCGCUGGGAAUGCGUGUUCCCUCCUUCUGCAGGCGGGUCGAUUGCAAGACGCACUGGAGUAUCUGGAGAAAGGACGAACGGUCAUCCUUGAUCUACUGAUGAGUAGUCGAGUGGACCUUACUGAGCUGGAAUCUGCAUCUACAGAGCUUGCGUCCCGAUUCCGAAAACUCCAGGAUGAAAUCAAUCAGACCUUCAAUUCCAAGGGUAUGAGCCCCAGCGCAACGGAAGGGCUUCUUCAAAAACGGCUCGCAUCUGUAUCCCAGUUCAACGAAUGCGUGGAAGUCAUUCGGUCGCUCCCUGGACAAACGCAGUUUCUGCUUGGGCCAAAUUUCGAGACUAUUAGGUCCGGAGCAAAAGGAGAAUUUAUAAUCGUUGUCAACAUCACCACCACUCGCAGUGAUGCCAUCAUCAUCUCCGAUGAGAAGAUAGACAGUCUAGAGAUCCCCGAUUUAUCACGCUCUCGAACACUUGAAUGGCUGGAGAAAGAUCUUACUCGGAAGGCCAAGGAUCGAGCGGGUCGAAAAAGGCAGAAUGAAGAGUACACCAGUCUUCUUCAUUGGCUCUGGGUUUCCGGCGUGAAGCCCAUCUUUGAUCGGAUCAAAUUACACUCCCAGCCUUCAACAGAAACGCGUAAGCUACCGAGAGUCUGUUGGAUUGGUAGUGGAGUGGCGAGCAUGCUUCCAUUCCAUGCAGCCUGCGACCGCACUCUCAACUCGGAGAGCACAUUUUCGUAUGUCAUCUCUUCAUAUUCACCAUCUAUCAAGACGAUGCUUCAAGUCAGAGCCAAAUUAAGCGGUGGUGCACUCGGACCCAAUCCCAGUUUGCUGAUGGUCGGCAUGCCAACGACACGCGGUCAUGCACCACUCUCCGGUGUUGAAGAUGAGAUAGAAGAGAUCACAGAAGAAGUUGAGCCCACUUUUUCUGUCAAGAGUCUUCUUCAUCCACAACCCGCUUCUGUACUAUCUCAUCUCGCAUCCUAUGAUAUGGUCCACUUCGCAUGCCAUGCGCUAUCCGAUAGCAAAAAUCCACUCAAUGGCCACCUGAUGCUCGAACCUGAAGGUCUGGAAGCUUCUGACACUGGGAAAUGUGGAGCGUUGACAGUGGAAACAAUUGUCAAAAUGGAUCUGAAACGAGCUCGUAUUGCAUAUUUGUCUGCUUGUUCGACUGCUGAGAAUAGAGCAACCAAGCUUCUUGAUGAGGCGAUUCAUCUUGUGAGUGGAUUCCAGGUUGCUGGAUUUGCUCAUGUUUUGGGCACUAUGUGGCCAGCGCCGGACUUGGUCAGUCGUGAUGUUGCUGUUGGUUUUUAUCAAAAUCUUGCUGCGCUGGUGGCGGAACCGGGUGUUGAUAGUGGCCGAGCUGUAGCGGAGGCGUUUCAUUUGGCUGUCAAAGAGGUGCGGUCUGAAUUUGAGGACCAGCCUCUCUUUUGGGCGCAGUUUGUACAUUUUGGAGGUUGA